AAAAAAAGGUCCCUUAGGCAGCUGGCCCAGCCACUCACCCUGGGACACAGACCUCAGCAGCUGCCUCUCUACCUGGGCGUCUAAUCCCCUUGGGACCUUGGUGCUGGACACUUCGUCCCUGCCACGCCCAGGGAGCUGGGCUAAUCAAUGCCUGAGGCUUGGGGAUGGGGAGAGCGUUUUUCACAUUUUUAUAAUAAAGAGGUGUUUUUUAGGUAAUGUUCUCUCCCCCAGCUUUCAUCACUAUUCUCUGGGCUGUGAUAGGGAGAAAUGGGAGACAGCUGAAAGGUAAGAAUGACAAUGAUGAAAACUCUGCAGUGAAUAGAAAUACAUACUAAAUCAACAGGUGUCCUCCUUACUAUGUUGUGAGGGCAGGUGAAAGGGUGCUGGUAGGAUUCCUAAGUCUAAUGCAGUCCUACUAAGUGAUUUUGUUCCUUUCCAAAUCUCACAGAUUUCCCCUAAGAAGAUUGAUUACAAACACAAGGUCCCUUUUAGCUGGCUUACCUGGACUUGGACUUUCAUUCGUGGUUUGAGGUUUUCUGGGGUGCUGAUGGUGUAUUCCUGCCGCCAUGAGUCCCAGGGUGUCUGCAGUCUCCUCAGGGGGAUAUUAGAGAGGGAUUACCCCUGUUCUCACCAAGAGAGGAGUUUGGAAAACUUUUCUUUAGACACACAGAAACUUAACAAAAGGUUUCUUAAGCCAAAACUCUUCUUACACCCAUAUUCUUUAUAAGCACCAGUGAACCCUUUACAUAAAAUGUUACCUCUGGUUAAAAAUAACGCAGCAGUAGCCUGGCCGGUGUUGCUCAGUGGUUGAGUGUCGACCUAUGAACCAGAUCACAGUUCAAUUCCCGGUCAGGGCACAUACCCUGGUUGUGAGCUCCAUCCCCAGUAGUGGGUGUGCAGGAGGCAGCUGAUCAAUGAUUCUCUCUCACCAUGGAUGUUUCUAUCUCUUCCCUUUCUCUCUGAAAUCAAUAAAAAUAUAUCUAAAAAAAUAAUGCAGUAGCUACACUGCUGCCUACACAGGACAGACACUAUUCAAGCACUUCAGUGAAUUCUCUUAUUCCUCCUCCACCAACCCUGGGAGGUAGAUGCUGCUAUUGUUCCCUUUACCCAGGUGCUCAGAGGUGUAUUUGGUAUUUGAACCCAUGCCAUUGUAUCUGGAAUCCACACCACAAAACCAGUGGACAGCUGUCCGGAGAAUGCUUUAUAAAAAUUCAUUUAAAUCCUGACACUAACUACAGGUUAAAGUAAAAAUCACUGAAGUAAAUGUCAUUUAAGGAAAUUUCUUAAACGAAAUCUCAGGAAAAGCACGUUGAGGAAGACAGUCCGUAACCCAGAAGGAGGAGGUAAAAGUAGCGUCAUCUUUCAUCCUUUCCUCUUCCUUCUGAUAAUGAAACUCUUCAGUCAAUAACUCCUUUCUGUCGGUUUUGAGAAAGGCUUGGGAGGGAAGAAGACUCCUGACGGGAAGGCAGGAAAGGAGCCUUACAAGAAGCCAGGCCUUCACAGGAGAACCCGCCCGCGCCCGCCCUUGAGGCCAGUGAUUUGGGUGCUGCCUACCACUCCAGAUUCUUCCACAGCCCAGCUGCACCCUCCUGACACUCUGAUAACGCAUCUGCCCGUGGGCUCUGCAUUCUCGCACCCUGCCGGCCUUCACUGUGUGAUCAGCGGGAAUCACUCGCCAGAUUGUCCGGUCCUCAGCCCUCGGGGAGAUGUCAGGACAGGCAAGGGACGCUGAAAAAGCACCUGGAGCUCCCCACACGUUUCUUUCGUGAACCACGUGCUGAGCUCAUGAAUUCGGGGUGAUGGGUGACCCGGCUCCCAGGGAGGCGCUGAGCUCCCCAGCACAGCCCCUGGGCCCUCUCUCGCCUCUGCCCACACCUCGGUCCCUAGCAUCUGCCUGGGGCGAUUCGGUGCGAACCUAAUCAGGUGCCUGGAAUUCCACGCUCGCAGGCCCCGCCCACAGGCCCCAUCAGCCAAUCGAGGCGCCGGAGGCCGUGUGGGGGCGGGCCGCUCGGGCCGAAUUCCCGAGGCUUUAAAUCCGCUGCCGCGGCGCCCCAGCCCUCGGAGCUCCUGGACGCGCACGUGCUGAGUGCACCUGCUCGGCUGCGCCCCGAAGGUUUUGAAGCAUGAAUCCUUCAUUCUUCUUGAUUGCCCUUUACUUAGGAGUAGCUUCAGCUGCUCCAAAACUUGAUGGAAGUUUAGAGGCACAGUGGCACCGGUGGAAAGCAACACACAGAAAGCUAUAUGGCUCGAAUGAAGAAGGAUGGAGGAGAACAGUGUGGGAGAAGAAUAUGAAAAUGAUUGACCUGCACAACCAAGAAUACAACCUAGGGAGGCAGAGCUUCACCUUGGCAAUGAAUGCUUUUGGUGACAUGACCAAUGAAGAAUUCACGCAGGUGAUGAAUGGCCAUCAAAACCAGAUGUGCAAGAAAAGGAGAGUGUUCCGGGAACCUUACAUUGCUGAAAUCCCCCAAAUGGUGGAUUGGCGAAAAGAAGGCUGUGGAACUCCCGUGAAGAACCAGGGUCACUGUGGUUCUUGUUGGGCAUUUAGUGCAACUGGUGCCCUUGAGGGACAGAUGUUCCGGAAAACUGGCAGACUUAUCUCACUGAGUGAGCAGAACCUUGUGGACUGCUCUCAGGCUCAAGGCAAUAAGGGCUGCAAUGGUGGCCUCAUGGAUAAUGCUUUCCAGUAUGUGAAGUCCAACGGCGGCCUGGACUCAGAGCAGUCCUAUCCAUAUCAAGCAAAGGUUGGACCCUGCAGAUACAGGCCCGAGGACUCUGUUGCCAAUGACACCGGCUUCGUGGACGUCCCUGGGCAGGAGAGUGCCCUCAUGAAGGCAGUGGCAACCGUGGGACCCAUCUCGGUGGCUAUAGAUGCAAGCCAUCUUAGCUUCCAGUUCUAUGAAGAUGGCAUUUAUUAUGAGCGGCGCUGCAGCAGCGUGGAUCUAGAUCAUGGCGUUCUGGUGGUUGGCUAUGGCUUUGAAGGAGAAGAAUCAAGUAACAAUACAUAUUGGAUUGUCAAGAACAGCUGGGGUGAAGGUUGGGGCCAGAAUGGCUACAUAAAGAUGGCCAAGGACCGGAACAACCACUGUGGAAUCGCCACCGCGGCCAGCUAUCCUACUGUGUGAGAUGAUGUGAUAAAGAAAGCCUUGAUGGAGAACAGGAGAUCCAGAGGAGGAAUUUUUAUCUUAAAACUGAGCACAUUUUACUUACUGGGAUACAACACUUGAAUCUUGGAGCUCCAAACUGUGAUUUGCAUUCUGUGAUGUUUUAUAUUUGUUAAAAUGUUACCACUUUUUUUAUAAGGAUGUAUAAAUUUUUACCUUUUAAAAUAAAACUUAAUUUUUGUUAUUUUUAAUCCUCGCCCAAGGAUGUGUUAGAGAGAGAGGAAGGGGUAGAGAGAGAAAGAAACAUCAGUGUGGGAGAGAAACAUGCAUCAGUUGCCUCUGGUACGUGCUGCGACUGGGGAUUGAACCUGAAACCUUUUGGUGUACGGGACAAUGCUCCACCAGUUGAGCCACCCAGCCAGGGCUAAAACUUUAUUUUAUAUGUAGAGGUGGGGUUCCUUUCGCUCUUAAUACAUUUACUUGCAAAAGACAAAAAUGUAAUUGGACCCUAAAGACAGCUGAAGGUGCCUGUGGUCCAUUAGGACAAUGGCUGGGUGGCCUGCUGGGUCCUCUAGUUAUAAAUACUAAAUAUGCAGAUCUUAUGUCAGCUGUCUAUGGGCUGUGUCUGACCCAACCCUUGAAUGGAGCAAAAUUUGACAAACUCUAUGUAAGGACAAA